UUCUCUCUGAGGCGCGUGAAUGCACGAGUACAGAAGGCAUUAUCUUCAUUUCCAGUUUCAUCGGCAAUUUACAGAAUGCGGAGGUGAAAACGGACGGUCUCGCCGAUCGAGGUACAAAUCCUUGACGGUAUACACUGGUAUUAGACCAGUUAGUAUUAUUUUUAAUAUCUGAAAGCUGUUCCUGGGCGAAAAUCACGCAUGCAUUCAAACAGAGGAUUAUCGCGGAGGAACUGCCUUGAAACCAUGAGCUGCAGUUGGGGGACGGAGCUGUGGGAUCAGUUUGAUAAUCUAGAGAAACACACUCAGUGGGGCAUUGAGUUUUUGGAGCGCUACACUAAGUUUGUGAAGGAGCGGUCUGAAAUUGAACUGAGCUAUGCCAAACAGAUCAGGAAUCUGUCCAAGAAGUAUCAGCUGAAGAAGAACUCUAAAGAUGAGGAGGAAUACAAGUACACGUCAUGUAGAGCAUUUCUGAUUACCUUAAAUGAGCUGAACGACUACGCGGGUCAACACGAGGUCAUCGCCGAAAACCUGUCCUCUCAGAUCACCGCCGAAUUGACCCGCUACACUCAAGAACUGAAGGCUGAACGGAAAUCGCAUUUCCAUGAUGGCCGCAGAGCGCAACAGCACAUUGAGAAUUCCUGGAAGCAGCUGGAAUCGAGUAAGAGAAGAUUCGAAAGAGACUGUAAGGAAGCGGAUCGCGCCCAGCAUUACUUCGACAAGGUGGAUGCCGACAUUAACGUGACUAAAGCAGACGUGGAAAAGCGGUGUUCUCUCAAGGCGAAACAGCAAGCUCAGUUGAGGCAUCAGGUAGCCGAAGACAGUAAAAACGAGUACCUGACAUACUUGCAGAAGUUCAACAAGGACCAACACGAGCACUACUACACCCUCAUACCACAUAUCUUUCAAAGGAUACAGGAGAUGGAGGAGAGGCGAGUGGGCAGGGUGAGGGAGAGCAUGCGGGUGUACACUGAGGUCGAGCGUAAAGUAUUACCCAUCGUCAGCAAGUGUCUGGAUGGCAUGACCAAGGCAGCUGAGUCCAUCGAGCCUAAAAUGGACAGUAAGCAAGUUGUAGAAUCCUACAAGUCUGGCUUUGAGCCGCCGGGUGACGUGGAGUUUGAGGACUACAGUGUGUCAAUGAAGAGGGCCGUGUCAGAAUCAAGCUUCCUCAAUGCUCGCGGAGAGAGCAGACGCCGGAGCAGGAGCAAACUGUGGCCUUUACUCAAGAGAAAUAAGCUUAUGUCUUUGUUAGCGUCGCCCCGCCAGCCCCCUCCCCCUCCCCCCACCUCCCCGUCCCCGGACGGCCUCCUCAACGGCCCCCAGUCCCCGCAGCAGCCCAAGGAGCCCCUGAGCCAGCGCCUCAACGACUUCAUGAGCACCAAACACAAAAUGCACUGCCUGCGGAGCCUGAAACGCGGGCUUUCUCUAAAGCUGGGAACAGGCCAGGAGGACUACAGUCAUCUUCCCCCCGAGCAGAGGAGGAAGAAACUACAGGCCAAGCUCAAUGACAUCAACAAGGACAUCCAGAAAGAGAUGGAUCAGAGGGACGCCCUGACUAAAAUGAAAGAUGUCUACAUUAAAAAUCCUCACUUGGGGGAUCCAGACAGUAUAGAUCCACGGUUAGAAGAAAUCACACAAAGCUUGGAAAAAUUGCAGCUUGAGGCACAUAAAUUUGAAGGCUGGCUGACGGAGGUGGAGAGGAAGUUACUUGAAAAGGGAUCUGAGUCUCAGAGAAGACAGAGCAAUCAUUUUGACUCGCAGGGCAACACGCCUCUUACAAACAACUACGGUCAAAACCGAGAGAGGUCUUCUGCACAUAGUCCGGAUGGCAGCUACACGGAAGACCCCAGCACAGAGACCACGAUGCAGUUCAAAUCACGCAGUACUGAGUUUGAUGACGAGUUUGAUGACGAGGAACCUUUACCCACUAUUGGAACAUGCAAAGCACUUUAUCCAUUUGAAGGUCAGAACGAAGGUACCAUAUCCAUGGCCGAGGGUGAAAUGCUGUACGUAAUCGAGGAGGAUAAGGGUGACGGAUGGACCCGUGUCCGCAGAAACGAGGACGAGGAGGGAUACGUGCCCACAUCCUACAUCAAACUCUUUUUGGACACGAAUGCCAAAGGUGCUAUGACAUACAUAUAAUCCCACGCCACAGAACACCCGGAAAGGGUCAUUAGUGAACGCCGUUUGUACACUGUACAUACAGUAGAAGAUCAUGAAAAUGUUCUCAUUGAACAGGACGCAGAGCAAUUUCUGUUUGUACAUGUGUCAUUUCUCGAUUUUGGUCUUUAUUUACAUUUUUGAAUUAUUUAUCUCUCAGACUUGUCCAUAAGGGUAAAUUAGGCAAUAAAGACACAGCUGCUGUGAAAUUUUGAUAUAUCUGAUGGAAUGGCAUUAUAUACAGCAUUAUAGCUUGGCAUUAUGGUGGUUUUCUGCUAUAACCAAGAUGUUUAGAUACUCAUCAUGUUCAUAUUUUUUAACGAUCUACAUGCAAUCAAAUACUUUUAGAUUAGCAGCCAAUGUCAUGAGUGCAAAGACUAAUAUUCUGAAACCUUUUGGCAAUAAAAAAUCAUUUACUAAUAUUUUGACCUUAAAACUACAAAAUAAGAAGCAAUCCUGCAUUUUAACUCUAGUGUUUUUAAUUGUAAUAAUUUUGUAAUCUUUUGCAUGAGAGAUGGAAUAGAAUAUUUUCUCAGGUAUGUUUACGUUGGUCUACAUCCUUGUACCUCAAAAAUCCUGAAUAUACAGGGUUUUUUUCUUUCCCCUGCGGCAAAUCACAUUCGAUUUAAAUGCAUAUCAUUAAAUGUGAAGAGCUCAAGUAAUUAAUGCAUGUAUCUUUGAGACUUUAGCUAGCUUUGCAUUUACUGCUGUACAAAGAAGUAAAAAACAUACUCGCGAACCCAUAGUUAACACAAUGCCUUUUAGUGUAGUGAGCGUUGAAGCAAUAAUUCAAAAGAUGCAUGUUAUUUGUACAUUGACCAGCAUGGAAAACAAAGUUUCCAGGAAUAUUUACUGCGCUCUACAGUAUAUGCAUGCUAUAAACUACUUAUUGCUGCUUAUUUGUCCAUAGCUUUAUCAGCAGCUGUUGAUAGUGUCGCAAGCGAAAUAUACGAACAGUUUUGUAUCGUUUUAUACCGUCCCUGUCUUUAAUUCACAUGACAUAGUGGAGCUGCACUCUGAAGUUGAUCUUCCGUGGUUUUUAACCCAUCAUGUCAUUGCUGUCUGUGAAUCAACGAUUGUACAGGAAUAUCAUAGUUUGAUUCUUAUGCAACAUCUCUAACAUGUCUUGUGUGAUGUUUUUUUUUUUUUUUUUGCUUUUU